GUGUUACACAAGAAAGUAACACAAGUUCACCUUCUUUCCCCACACGAACACCUUCUUCCUCUGCACGAACACCUUUUUCUCCUGCACAAGUCCUAAAUGUUUUAAACACAAAAUACUGUGCAGCAAAGUUCUCUAAUUCCCCCAACGAUACUAGUGAUAUUACUAUGCUAGUAAAUACUGCAGUAGACCUCCUAUCCCAACCUAUCAACUCGGAUACCCUCUUGGAUACCUUUCUAACUGAAGAACCAGAAAUUGACCCAACCUCAACCACCACUCCUCCCAAACCAGAAACUGAACCAGACACUGAAGUUUAUCAAAAAGUUCGAGACGAACUAACCCAAACCUUAAUCUCUCAAUCGAAUACUCACCCGAACCCUUUUAUCGCUUCUCAAGGCUCUCGAAAGACUCAAGACAUUUGGAAAGAAGCUACUCGUCUUCAACAAAUCUUUAGUAUUCGACCUAAAGAAUUGUUGUAUCAAACCCGAUACUUUACUGUCACCCACAUUGUUAAGUUUAUUGAUAGAGA